CAGAGAAGAAACGUGGCUCUGAGCUGAAAGCUGUCCUCUUAUGUGAAAAUGAGAGUCGUCUGUGUUGUUGUUUURCUGGUCUGUGUGUGGAGGGAGGCUCUGAGUGUGCAGGUCAUGGUUGGAGACAGGAGCUUCCCGUUGGAAGCUGUGAAGCAGCUGAAGGAGCUGAUGGAUUUGGAGGACAGCAUCAACCCUCGCCUUGCAGAGACGAGCACCGCGGCGGUCUGCGCCCACCCUCUCCUGCCUCAGGUGUUUCGUCCCGUGUGCCAAGGGAAGGGGGCCGGGAUUGUUUUCUCCAGACUGGAGUACAUCCUCCUGUCGUCAGAUCCUUGUGAAGUAUGUGCCAACCCGUCCUGCUUUGGGUGCAUGGACUGAAGCUGCCACACAAACACAUUGAUUCAGAGCCUCAAGGGGGGAGUGGGGGGGUCACCUUUCAAAGUUUUUCCAUAUCUCUUUGUAUAUGGCUUUUAUAGACACAAAAAAGACCAAGUGACACCCAAAAAACAGUCCCAGAACUUCCCAUGGCUCAGUGGUCAACAAGCUGGAUUUUGGAUAUUAGUUACAAGAAAAAUCWGAUUAUUGCUCAUUCUUUGUUUUUGCUGAUCAUUAGUAAAAAAAUUAAAUUGUUAUACUGAGAUUCUGUCGGUGAUUAGUAGCAUGGAUGUGUUAUAAAAAUGUCAGUUUAUCUGGUAGAGUAGCCAGUUUAUAUAAGAGAAUUUCACUGAUCAGCUCUCAAUGCAGGAGUCACGCUUGAUCUUCUGCCAUGAAAAAAAAAAUCCCGUUUUGAAUUAUUUAAAGCUACUCUGCUGCCUGCUUAGUGUCUAAAUUUCACUCUCUGCUCUGUAAAUUACACAUUAAAAUGAGUCAAUAAAGUGCAGUUCCAAAUUAAACAGAUAAUUAAACAGUG